UAUUUUUCUAAUGAUUUAUUUAUAGGCAUCUACAGAUUUAAAUUGUUAUUUUCGUAAAUAUGUAGUAUUCUUUUUUUGUAUAAAAAGCUGUGCCGUGGAUUUCACCGUUGUUGUGUUAAAAGAAGUUUAAAUUACUAAACGAAAAUGUAAAAAUGUCGUAAUUGUUUAUUUCUACUAGUGAUGGAAUUGAGCCUAAAUAGAAAGUUGGUAGGAUAACUUAUAUCAAAAGAGACAAAAAAAUAUAUAAAAAGAAGAAUCAGAUUUGAGAUUUGUUCAAACUAACCUCAAAAAAGUACGGCCGGGCUUUUUUUAAAUUUUGUAAAUAAAUAAUAAAAGCGAUGGAAAAGGAAAUAAAAACAUUUUUAAUCCCUAACGAUUUAUGUAAAAGGGCAGGAAUAGCUGGAACUUGGUUAGCCCUUGAUCAGAUCUCUGUAUUCGCUUACGAAAAGCGCAACAUUCGACAAAAAGACCAACCAAGUCAUUUUGCAUCGACUACACAAUCCUCAGUUUUUCAUUUACGACAAGACGUCGUUUUAUUUCACCCUAUUCUAAGAAAAUUAGUUAAUGAAUCUAAUGGUGUUUUUCUAGCUAUUCAAAGCUUGAUAUCUAGUAAAAACGCUGAUUUAAGAUUGGAAUUAUUCAAGAUUAGCAGACAGUAUAGGUCUAUAAUAAGAGCUUGCUUGGAAAAUUUACAGGAUGAACAUACAAAAAGUGAAAAAAGUGAUGAAAAACUGGAAUUACAGAAUUACAUUACUGUUUUUUAUUCUAUAGAAUGUAUCUGGCAUUUAUGCGAAAUACUGUUCAUAGAUACCAUGCCAGGUAAUUUGGUGCUAUCACAGCUAUUGGAAUGGGUAAGUUUCCAUUUUCCUGAAUAUGAAAGAAAUGCUGCCAGUAUGUUGGCAGAAAAUGUAGUGGGUUUGGAAACAAGAUCUGAAUAUUGGGACACAGUAUUAGGAGCACUACUUCAAGGUAGAAUUAAGCUGGUUAGGGCUCUACUAAAACAACACUCUUCUUCAGACAACAGUACUUACAGAUUGGCUGAACAGAUUUUGAAAGCUAUGCCUACUUUUAAUGGACCUGGAGGUUCUUCUUUAAACGAAUUAAAUAUGCAAUGGAGACAUUGGACAAUGGAUGUACAGUCAAAGAUCGAUUCUAAAUUGUUUAGUACUGAGAAAAAUUUGGAUUUAAUGAUGAGGCUCAUAGUCGGUGAAGAGAAGGCUUGGAUCGAAAUUCAAGACAAGUGCGAAGUUUGGUACGCUUAUCUAGCCGGUUGGCUCUUUUUCACUGAACCCACCGUCAAAUCUUUCGAAUUGGGCCAAUUCGCAAAACGGGCCAUAACCAAACUCAGAAUGAACAACCAAAUGAAGCAGCUGGAUAAGGUUCUAUUAGCCGCCAUGGAGUUUGACAUUUUCCAAGUCAUAAAAGAGAUACAACACAUGUAUGACAAUGGUUGGUUUGUAAGUCAUUUGACAGAUCUCUUGUACCACUGCGAUAGACUGUGCGAUCUGGAAAAGGAAGUUCCCGAUUUUUCCGCUGAAAAACUGCGUGAAUCGUUCAUCCUUGAUUAUGGUACCACGCUGAUGGGUCACAAAUCACUUUGGCAGGUCGGUUUGACAUACUUGGAUCAUUGUCCCAACGAUGGGCUUCAAGUGAUCGAACUGUUACUGCCUAGAAUCCAUAUGGACACCGAGGCUAAAGCGCAAAAGGUUGUCAGAGAGGCUAAAAACAGGGAAUUAAAUAAUGUCGUGCAAAGCGUCUGUAAAGUUCAAGGUAUGUUGUCGAUGAGGCGCGGUAGAUUAGGAAACGCUCUUUCCUGGGCUCUGAAGUCCCAAGACGGUCCGUUUACGUCAUUUUUGGCUGACGAAUUUUUGCAGAAUUACAUAAAGAGCGGACGAUUGAGUAGUACGGAUCUGCUGGAUAAUUUGGGGUCCGGUAUGUUGGUCAGCGAUCGUUUAAUAUUUUUAGGUAAAUAUUAUGAAUUUCACAAGUUGUAUCAAAGCGGGGAUUAUAGAGAAGCAGCUGCUUUGUUGAUUUCUUUGCUGGCUUCUAAAAUAAUACCCAAAUAUUUUUGGUACAUCCUUUUGAUAGAAUCCAUUCCGCUAUUAGAAAGUGGCGAUCUCUUAUUCUCGUCGAACGAUACAUUCACCAUCAUGCACUGUAUGGAAGAGAAAAAAGACGUUCCCGAAUUGAAAGACAAACUCGACAUUUUGAGAUUAGCCGCCACUAGAAAUCUGUCGAGGGCGUUGACUUUCGAAGCCCAAAUCAUCGAAUGAGCCAUAAAAUAAUACUACGAUCCCAGUUUUAUGAGUUAAAAGUCUUUUCAGACGUUCAGUUGAUGCAAUGAUUAAUUGUUAACUUCGUUAAACGUCAACUGUCAAUGUCGUUUAUAAUUAUUUAAUCAGGUGUCAGUUUUCAUUGCCUUUUAAGCUGUCAUCAAUGUCAACUGUCAAUAUUAAAACACUGCCAAUUGUAUAAUACUUUUUUUCCAAUAUUUUGAGUCAAUUGUUGAUUUUAAUUUAGUAUUUUUUUGGUGUUUUUUUUAUGAUACAUUCUGAGAUAUAUUUUGUAAUAAUUUAUAAUAAAAGUAUAAAAAAUGA